AUGGGCCAAACCACUUCCCUGCCUGACGAGCCCUGUGAGAUGUGGCAUUCUCCGCAACACCUGACUAAUGCACCGAAAGGGAACAUUGCCAUGUUGGCCACAAAGCAACCAAUACCCAGGGUUCGUCCAGCAUCUUCCAUUGCUCUAGUUAUGGAGCUGCAGGCCUCAGAGGGGUUCAACCCAUAUGGCCAGGCGGUCCAACAUCUUUCUUCCUGCGGGUGGUCAAAGCUGGAUCUGUUUGACCAACACAAUCAGGUGCUGAGUGGACAUUGGACGCUGCCGGUGAGAGCAUUACCACUGAGGCCAGGACUGAGUACUGGACAACUCAACACAGUCCCACAGGUUGGAAAAGCAGAGCUUUUUCUACGUGUUAUAAAUGCCAGAGAUGCUGAGCUUCCAUCACUCACAGAGAUAGACCCAAGGAAUGCUUCAGUUUACCAGUAUCCUCCUCUGAUGUCUAACUCACCUGCUGCUGUAAUAGAAAACCUAACGCAUCGGCUAGCUUUUCACCCUUCUACCAAUGCAUUUCACAUGUCCCUUUCCCCUUACACUGACUAUGUUGAUCCACCCCCUGUUGAGGAACUUCCUAACCAACAGAAAAACAGUCAGAG